GUGGGUUAACCGAGUGGGCUACACCUCCCUUCUAUCGUCACACUGCCCUCCCCUCUCGGUGCCCCCAGCGCUUCCCAGUCUGUGGUUCACUCGUCUCUGUUUACCUCCACUAAUCCCUCACAUCGCCGUCUCUCUCACUCUCUCUCUCUUCCCCACAUUCUCUCGAUUGCUGUCUCUCCUCCCCUUUCAUGCUCAGAGCUAGCGGCUUGCCACACGACCCACACUGCCUGCUACAUGAUCUCCUGGAAAACAUAGAUCCGUGUUUUUGUAGCUGCUUUUCGCUGCACGAGCCUUUGUAGAUUGCAAUCUAGGAGACAAGGAAAGAUGCCUUCACGACAACCCUGACUCUAGUCAUCUCCAGAUUCACCCCUGUCCCCUUUCCUAGUAUCUCACCCCCUGACCUUUACCCCAUCCCCGUUCCUCUACCCUUCUCCAAACCUCCCUCUCUUAAUCCCCCCCAAACUCCCCUUCACCUCGCACCCUCUUGACAAUGUUCUCAUGUGUUCGCUGGCUUCAGCCUUUCCUUGCCUUGCUGUCCUCUACCUUGUUAACUUGCGGGUACAACUGUCCAUCCAGCUGCUUGUGUCCGGACCAUCACACCGUGGACUGCACAGGUCAAGGGCUCACCCGUCUUCCAGACUCCAUCCCUUUGGACGUGAGGAGACUCCUUCUGUCUAACAACUGGAUUCCCUGGAUCCCUUCUGAUUUCCUGGUUCUCUACAGUGAUUUGGUCUAUCUGGAUUUGAGGAAUAACUCUUUAACAAGGCUGGAGCCUGGAACUCUGAGCACAUCCUCCAGGCUGGUCUAUCUGGACCUGGGGAGCAACAACUUAACUGAGAUCCCCUCUGGAACCUUUGGGGAGUCCCGUAGUCUGAUCAAGCUACGGCUGGGGAACAAUCCAUAUUUGAACAUGGUCAGCAAGGACGCCUUCUUGGGCCUCACCUCCUUACGAGAGCUCGAGCUUGAGAGUAAUGCCCUCUCUGGCCUGGACGUUGGGGUGCUAAGCCAGUUGCCUUCCUUACGGAUGAUACGACUGGAAGGGAACCCCUGGGUAUGCAAUUGCAACUUUGCCAAACUCUUUUUGUGGCUUCUGGAGAAUCAACACAAGCUCCCAAAUGGGUUGGAGGGUAUGGAGUGCUCUCUUCCAGUAGACGGGCAGCAGGUGUCCCUCAGCGAUCUUUCUGAGGACAGUUUCCGGGAGUGCCGGGGACUGCUGACUCUUACUGAUUAUCUCAUAGUGAUUUUUUCUGGGAUUUGUAUUUCAGUGGCAGCCAUUAUCGCCAGUUUCUUUCUGGCCUCCACCAUCCACUGUUUCCAGCGGCUCAAAUCCAAAAGGACAGAUGAAGAGGAGGCAGAGGACUGAGGACGGACACAAUGGAAGUUACAAAUUUCCCAUAAUGCACCAUUCAGUGGAAGCCAAGGGUUGGGAUAAAGAGGUGAACAACUUUAUUUCCAUGACUAAAGAGCCCUGAAUUAGGCCCCUGUGCGACUAUUCGGAUUUAAAACCUUCGCUGUGAAGCAUCAUGUGGUUUUUUUUAUACUUGAACAUCGAUGAUUGAAUUGAGCCUUAAGACUAAAACUGUUCCUGAAAAUGCAGUUCAUGAAACCACUAUCCCAUGUAUUCAGCAUUAUAUUUUGACAUCAAUUAGCAACAAUGGUCUUUUUAUGGAAAUGAGUUGAUUAGUAUUUUCUACAUGAUUUAUUUUUUUGGUAUUGUGUACAUGAAUCUUGCUCCGUUGUAGUAAGGUUUAGCUAAUUGCACUUUAAAGUACAUAGAUGAUGUAUUGCACACAAUCCCAGUGAGCCAUAAUGUAAGCCAGUUUUUCAUAAACCGCAAUGGCACUUAUCACCAAAGAACUAACAUGAGCAUAUUUGUGACGUACGUGUUUCUCAAGAGAAGGGUUCAGACGCCAGUCAAUUCAAUUCUAUUAUAAAUACAUGUUUUGUUGUUGUUGGUGAUCUACGAUGACUUUCAUGCAGACUUUCAAUAUAGAAAACUGUAGAUGAAGAUGGGUCGCAGUUAUCGUGAUACUCAAACAAGGUCAUUUAAAAGCUGAAUUAAAAGGGAACGUUUUGUCCAUUUUAUGUCAACUUUGUCUCGUUAUAUUCUUUCCUUUUUUAUUUUAUAAAAUGACAAAAUAAUAAAAAUUGACGCCAAAUUGU